AUGGACAACUCUCCGGAGGGAAGUGAGAAUUCUCGAAAAGAGAACAUUCCAGUCAGUGCGUCGCCUCCAUCGAUCGAAGACGAUGACGACCUUCUGAAUGACGAUGAAGACGUGGGAAUUCAGAAUCCAGACGACGUGCAAAUACCAGAAGAAGAGUUGUUGAGAAUUGACGAUGAGAUGGAGGAGAUUCUGAAUCCUCCUCUGAAUCCACAACCAGAAGACGUUCCACGGAUUCAGAAUCCCAUUGACGGCAACGAGUAUUUGGAGGCGUUUGAAGAGGAGAGACGGAUUCUGGAAGAGGAGAUGCCAGAAGGACGGGAAUCUGAAGACAGAGGACGAGGAGACGAUGAUGAUGAGAGAAUGGAUACGGAAGAACCAGAAUCCCCACCAGCCGAAGCCAUCAGAGCACGUGAUUCAACGUCAGCCGAAUCGAUGGAUGAUGAUGCAGAUGAUGAGGAUGAAGAGGAAUCUUCUGAGAGUGAGAAAGACGAUCAAAAUCUAGCAAAUCUAUCAUUAACCGCUCCCGUCCCACUGACCCAGAUAGACAAAUCGAUUCAUAUCGGAACGGAGCAUCAAGCACAAAUCUCAAAUGAAGGAACACCUGAACCAAUCCCACGAGAAGAGGAAAUUAGCGAUGAUGAAAGGGAAACAUUGAUUUGGGAUUGUGAGCAACCCGUUGAUAAGAAGAGACUCGUCGAUUAUAUUGGAGAAACGAGCGGAAAGUUCUCGAUGCCUAUUGAUAGGGCGCUCUACAUCCUCCGCAAAGAGAAUCUCGACUUCGAUUCGGCGGCAAAAGAAUGUGGAAAACGGAAAGAAAUCAAGGAGACGUGGACGGAAGAGGAAGUUGCUCUCUUCACGACGAGUUAUUUCAAUUUUGGAAAGAAAUUCCGAAAGAUUAAGGCGGUGAUGCCAAACCGCUCGUUGCACUCCAUCGUGAAUUACUAUUAUCAGACGAAGAAAGUGGCGAAUUACAAGACGAAUAUCGGUAUUCAAUUGAAUGAAACUGAUAAAUAUGAUGAGUUGAUGAAUGAUAUCAAUGGAAUGGAUCGAGUUGAAGCGGGAUACUGUGAGAAUUGCAAUCAAAAGAGUUGUGUUCUUAUUCUAAACAAAAUGAUGGGUCGUCACGAGUGUCGUCCGUGUAUUCUCUAUUUCCGUCUGAUGCGAACAUCUCGACCGCCGAGUCUUCUCACCAUCGCUGAGAAACAGAAUAAACGAGUCGUCUGUCCCGAAUACAUGAAACCGUUUGUCAACGACUAUGUGGAAAUGAUGAGUCCGGCUGAUGGAAAGGCGGCCGAACGAUUGGGAAUCCCAGAAUUCACGAUAACAAUCGAUGAUGAUGAUGAUGAGUGUGUUGUUCUUGACGAAUGUGAGAUUCGUGUUCCAUCGAAAGAGUUGAUAGUAGAAGGAAUGACAGAAGACGACGAUCCAAUCGAUUCGAAUACGUGUCAUAUGACUCGAAUAUUCGAUUCACCCGCCGCGUUGGCAUUCAUCGAUAGUCUUCGAAAGAAACAUCAGAAAGCGGUCCCGUUGGUUUGGCGCAUUCGGCAGACGAAGUGUAUGGAGGAGAUUUCUCUGAUCAACGAGGCGGCGCGUCAAGAAGUGAUGAAAACUAUGGCGACGGAGGAUCGUAUCAAUUUGAGGAACAUUGCGAAAUGGCGACAGGAGAUGGGCGGUUUGAAGAGUAGACACUCGAAAUGGAUAACGGAAACGGAGAUUUCGACGGUGUGCUCAUCGACGACGAUCAGCCGAUCGGGAAGGGUUCGAUACGAUGCGAAUUGGACGGAUGACGAGAAGAGACAGUGUAUUCGAUGCUUCCACUGGCAUCAAGACGAUUUCGAGAGUAUUUCGAAUGUGAUACUCACCAAAACUGUAGAUCAAAUCAAGGCGUUCUACAAAGAACACGAAGAAAUCCUUUCCAAGAGUCUGCAGUCGUAUCGAGAAGUGAUGAAAAGCAGACGAAUGAGAAUCGACGGAAAUAUUCGUUACUAA